AUGUGUUUGGGUUUAAAUCUUACUUUGUUCCUUAGCAGCAUAUGGUACAACUUUUUUUCCGCAAUAGAGUGUGAAGCACCGGUAUCAGCUCAUACAGCAGCUUUCACUCCACAAAUUUUAAGGAUAAUUAAACUGGAUGGAGCUGUAGGUGAUUCGAACGUAAACAAAUUGACACUAUUUAAAGACGCUUUUGCUUCUCCUUUAGAUCUUGAGCAGGUAGGACAUUUAGAUUAUGCAGUUUGGCAAAAUGCAACUUUGAAAGGAAAUCCUUGCAGUGAAGACUUCGAUAAAACCGUAUCUGUUCUGGGGUUGAAAUGGAAUUUAUCAAAUGUCACUUUGUCCUGUGACUUUAAAGAUAGUUCUGUGAAACAGCCUGUCAGCAAAAGGAAUAUAUUGUCAAUAGUACACAGGAGUUUUGACCCGACUGGGUUUACAGCUCCCGAUACUCUGAUUACUAAGCUAAUGCUUCAAGAAUGCUGGAAACAGAAGAUUUCAUGGGAUAACAAUUUACCUAAAAGCCUUUCUGACAAAUUCGAAAGUUGGAAAAAUAAAUUACACAAUUUAGAAAAGAUAACUAUACCCAGAAGAUUUUUUGCUGACUUCGAAACAAUUUCCGAUUUAUCUUUACACGUGUUUUGUGACGCGAGUAAAUCUGCUUAUGCCACAUGCAUAUUUAUGCGAAACUGUAAUGAAAAUUCCGUUACAUCUCAGGUCCAGCUCAUCUCAGGUCGAUCCAGAGUGGCACCUAUUAAGCCAAUCUCCAUACCACGACUAGAGCUCUUUGCUUGUACGAUUGGCGCUAGACUGGCACAUCGUGUUAAGGAAGAUUUGAGACUAGAAACCUUGCAUAUUUAUUAUUGGAGUGAUUCCAUGGAUGCAUUAUUUUGGAUCAAAAAGAAGGAAAACUGGGCCGUUUUCGUUCACAAUAGAGUGAAAGAAAUCCGUACUCUAAGUAAUCCAAACGACUGGAAUUAUAUUCCUGGAACGCAAAAUCCAGCGGACCUCCCUUCCCGAGGAUGCAGUCCGGAAACCUUAGUCAAAUCGAAAUGGUGGGAGGGUCCCGAUUGGUUGAGAAAUGAUUGA